AUGCAGCUCCCGCGGCAGCUUGCUGCGCUGUGGCCGGCAUCGGCCGCGAGUACCUCACCGUCUGUCCUGGUUUUGGGCGGGUUCAUCGGGCUGAUUGCGCUGCUCGUGUGGGUGAUCAGGGCCGUGAGCUCGCCCUUGGGGCGUAUCCCAGGCCCACGACUGUCGCUCUUCACGUCGGCAGCGCUGCGAUGGCACGAGAUGCGCGGCGGCCGGACGGCGUACGUGCACGCGCAGCACCAGCGAUACGGCCCGGUGGUGAGGCUGAGUCCCAAUGAGGUGUCGUUUGCGUCGGCGGCAGCGGUCAAGGAGAUCUACGGCGCAGCUGGCAGCGGCUAUGACAAGACGGAGUUCUACAACCUGUUUACCGUCUACGGGCGCCGCACCAUGUUCUCGACUCUGAACAAGGAGAGGCAUGCCCGUCGCCGGCGGAUUCUGGCCGACCGGUACGCCAACAGCAACGUGAUGAAGCCAUCGUCACUGGGCGGCAUCGAGGAGCGGUCGCGGGCUUUUGCCCAGCUCUGUGCCUCGGCGCCGGACCAGACCCUCGACGUAUAUAGUGCGACGGUGCCGGUGCUCCAUAUUGACUCCCUCGCAGCUCUUCAUGCGUAUGCGUUUGACUGCGUGACCCAUCACCUCUUCCAUCCCUACGGCACGAAUUCGCUGCAGGACAAGGCCGACGAGGAGAUUCUGCGCGAGGUCACGUUUGACUCCAGUCUCCAGGACCGACUCAUCCGUUUCUACAGCCCGCGGCUGCACGCAGCGAUCGGCCGGGUGCUGGCACUGUUUCUGACGCCACGCUCGACGCCGCUGGCCGACAGUUUUGUGCUGCAAACGGCUGACCAACCGGAGCCGGCCGCAUUCACGCUGCUCAGCCGCAUGAAGGAGGUGCAGCGCAAGGCGGCCGGCGAGGACGACGAGGAGAAGAGUUUUGAUCUAUUGGACGCAGCCGCCGAGAGCCUCGACCACAUGGCCGCCGGAAUCGACACCACCGGCGACGGGCUGUGCUUCCUGAUGUGGGAGCUCUCGCAGCCGCGGUCGCUGUCGUUCCAGAAGCGUCUGCGCCACGAGCUGCGGGCCAACGCCACCAGCCCCAGCCCCAGCCCCGUUGCCCUCGAUCGACUGCCCUUUCUCGACGCUGUCAUCCAGGAGGGCCUGCGCUGCUUCCCGGCCAUCCCCAUGUCGCUGCCGCGCGUCGUGCCCGGUCGAGCCUGGGGCGUAGCUCGUGGCAGCUACUUCGUGCCCGUCGGCACUGUCGUCAGCAGCCAGCCCUACUCGGUCCACCGCCUCGACACCGCCGUCUUUCCCGAUCCCGACACCUUCAACCCGGACCGUUGGCUGGCCGAGGACGGCGACGCCGACCGCAAGCGCCUCUUCUUUGCCUUUGCUAGCGGUGGCCGCGGCUGUGUCGGAAAGCACCUCGCCAUGGCGGAGAUGCGCACGCUCCUGCGCGACAUCUACAGCCGCUUUGCCACGGCGCCUGAGGCCUCCAUGACUGACGAAUCCAUGAGCAUGGACGACCAGAUCAUCUCAUCCCGUCCACUCGGCCAGCGCUGUCUGCUCAAGUUCAUCCCGCUGAACGACGUCGACACAUCGGAGUAG